CGCCUUCAGCCUCUCUCUGCUCUGUUCAUGACUACACUGCUAGAAAAGUUGCUGUUUCAGGGAUAGUCUUGCCUGCCUCCCACUUGACUGCAGUUUCUUUGGUCACAGGCUCCCUCACUCAUGGGACCUGCCUGGGCCCAGGCCCACCCGACAGGUGAUCUCUGGCUGCCUCUGCUCUGGCUGCUCCUGUCUCCAGUCUGCUGCUCCCAUGCCCCACCGGGAUGGCGCUUCACUUCCUCUGAAGUUGUGAUCCCCAGGAAGGUCUCCCACAGAGUGGGUGGAGCUGACAUACAAGGCCAGCUUUCCUACAAGAUUCACUUCAGGGGCCAAAGACACGUGGUUCACCUGAAAGUCAAGAAGAGCUUGCUGCCCAGACAUUUUCCUGUUAUCACCAAUAACGACCAAGGUGCCAUGCAGGAGGACCACCCCUUUGUCCCCCGGGACUGUUACUACUACAGCUACCUGGAAGGGGUUCCUGGGUCCAUGGGCACACUGGACACCUGCUAUGGGGGUCUGCGUGGCAUGCUGCAGGUGGAUGACUUCACUUAUGAGAUCAAACCACUGGAGGCUUCUUCCAAAUUUGAGCAUGUCAUUUCUCUGCUUGUGUCAGAAAAAAGAUCAGCAGAGGUGGAAAGGUGUACGAUCGAAGAGGAAGAUACAAAUCAAGCAUAUGAAGAGGCAACACUUGCUGAAACUCCUAGAGCAGCCCCUGUGUAUUUGUGGUGGCCACAUAGGAAAUACUUAAAAAUUCACUACACGGUUUCUAACUCAUUAGUUGUUAGAGAUAAUAAUCAGACACAUAUAGUGGAGAAUGUAGUGAUUAUAAACAACAUAUUGCAUAGUAUUUUCAAACCAGCUCAUUUAGAUGUCCUCAUACGUGUUAUGUGCAUAUGGGAUGGUGUGGAUAGAAUGGAUUUAUAUAAUUGGGCUAGUGCUUCUGCAGCUAUAACUGAAUUUGGUUUGUGGAAAUGGUGGGAAUGGUUUCAAGAAAUUCCUCAUGAUACUUCAUUACUUCUUACAGGCCAUAAAAUCAAUGGGGCCACAUAUUUUUCCCACCAUGAUGGAAUAUGCUACCCCAAUUGGGGAGCAUUAUUUGUAACUGUACCAGAUUAUCACAUAUUUUUAGCUGCAACUAUUUCAGCACAUGUACUAGGUCAUAGCCUCGGCUGUCAUCAUGACACACCUGAUUGUCAUUGUUUUCGGAGAGAAAACUGUGUCAUGGCUCCUGAGCCUGGUCUUCUAGAUAUGCUGAGCAAUUGUACAUAUGACAAACUGCAUCGACGGGUUUCCACUUGGGAUCCUUGUUUGAGUGUACAAAAUGUAGCUUACAGAAAUUUUCCUUAUAUAGCUCCUCGUUGUGGUGACAAGAUCAUAAAUCAUCGGGAAGAAUGUGACUGUGGCUCCUUCAAAUCUUGUUCUGAUGAUAAAUGUUGUGAGACCAAUUGUGCCCUCAGCGCUGGCAGUGAUUGUAGUAUAGGAGAUUGCUGCAUUGGCUGUAAGUAUGCUCAACCUGGAACGGUUUGCAGAGACAUGGCUGGUAUUUGUGAUCUACCAGAAUACUGUAGCGGGGAAACAAAUUUCUGUCCAAAUGACUUUUAUAUCCAGGAUGGAACCCCAUGUUCACCAUUAGCUGUUUGUGUGAGAGGAAACUGUAGUGACCGUGAUAUGCAGUGUCAAUCCCUUUUUGGCUACCAAAUAAAAGAUGGUUCGCCAGCAUGCUAUACAAAAUUGAAUGUAAUAGGUGACCGAUUUGGGAACUGUGGCGUGAGAGUGACAGGAGGAGGAGGAAGAAAUGUUCCAUGUGAAGGUGAUGAUGUUUUUUGUGGAUUGCUACAUUGUAGUAAUGUCACCCAAAUUCCUGGUGGAGGAGAGCACACUACAUUUCGUCAUAUAAUAGUACAAAAAGAAAAAUGCUUUGGAUACGAUGCACACCACGGGACAGAAGUGCCAGACAUGGGGCUUGUGGUGGAUGGUGCAACAUGUGGGCCAGGAAAAUUCUGUUUAAGACAGAACUGUACUUUUUAUGAAGACAUGGGUUUUGACUGUGAUGUACAGAAAUGCAAUUUCAGAGGGGUGUGCAACAGCAAGAAACACUGUCACUGUCUGCACGGUUGGAAACCACCAUCAUGUGAAGAGAGAGGAUCAGGUGGUAGUACAGAUAGUGGCCCUCCACCUGACAAGGAACUAGGUCUUCGAGCUAGAAUGGUAUUUAGUGUAAACAAGAGACUAAUUCUACUGCUUUUUCGUUUAAUUCUUUUGGUGCUUUCAGUAGUUGGUGGUGCCCUUUCACAAUUAGAAGAAACUCUAGAAGAGAGAAAAGUGGAAAAAAUUGUUGAAGAAGGCAGCGCCCCUGAGCCCAAAUAAUACUAAUUGGAAUGCACAAAAUGGAGAAAAUCACAUUGGCCCUUGCUGGGAGAAAUAGUCAAUAAUCGCUCUGGUGAUUACAUAAUCCUAUAGCUAUUCUGAGGUGGUCAUCUUGAAAUAAAAUGACUUGGCAAG